GAAGAAGAAGAGGAAGAAGAAGAGUUGAUCUCAUUGCACCAAGAAGCAGAAUGAAGGACACUUCUCUCCUGCUCCUGCUGAGCUCCCUGUUCUGCUGCUCAACAAACGCAGCUCGUCUGACGGUGACUCCCAGCAGCUCUCAGGUAUUUGAAAACGAACGUAUGUCUCUGAGAUGUGAGGACAACUCUGAUGGAUGGACUGUGAGGAGAAACACGAGCAUUGAUAACAGAGCUGAGUGUAAAGACUGGGGAAGACCUGCUGGUUCCUCCUGUAACAUCAGCUUCCCUGACCCUUUGGACAGUGGAGAGUACUGGUGUGAGUCCACUGAGGGAUCCACCAGUAACACCAUCACCAUCACCGUCUCUGGCAGUGGUUCGUGCCCGGCCUUUAUUCUCUGGAAUCGAAGUGCCUUGGCAUCACAUCCAGCAGCUCCACUCCAUCACUGUCACCUCGUGUUGAUUUUAAGUGCUUACUCUACGUGCCGUUUUGCUGAAAGGCUUUUCCUGUUUUUGUUUAGUCUCUUUAUUUUUCUGUGUUUGACAGAAUUCCUGUGCAAAGAAUGUCCCCGAGUCCACAUAUACUUUGACCGCGUGGACAUAAAGGAAAUUCCUUCAGAGCCACUGUUUUUCCGCAGGUGGCUGCAUGAGCGGUUUGAAAUCAAGGACCGGCUGCUGACGGACUUCUACGAGUCGGAGGAUGCAGACAAAAUACGCACGUUCCCGGGGGAAGGCAAACAUUCUCCUCUGAGCCUUUCUAAAACCCUCCCGUCCAUGGUGAUCUUGGGGGGGCUGACACUGCCGCUGCUGCUGACGGAGAGCGGCAGGAAGGUGUACGUGGGGACCUGGCUGUACGGGACUCUGCUGGGCUUCUUAAUUCAACAUUAUUACUAA